CAGUUCACCAUCAGCUCUCUGGAGGGGAAGUGAGACGACAGAAAUACUUUCCUUUCUAUUGAUUCUCCUUUUCACUGAACCAUCAACAUGUUGAAGAUCGCGCUGCUCGCUGUAAUCAUGGCCGUUGUUUCUGCAAAUCCAGGUGAGAAGUUGUUUAGCUGCUGUCAGAAAGUCAGCAGAGCUGAGAUCAACGAGAAGAUAAUAGAUCUUGAGAUCCAGCGGCCGAAUCCUCCGUGUGUGAGAGCGGUGAUCUUCACCACUCAGACGGGGCAUUACUGCAGCGACCCUCUCGCUCCCUGGGUUUUCCCAAAGAUCCAGGAACUGAGGAGAGCCAAAGCUCAGUCGUCCACUCCUCAGGUUGUCACUUCGACCCCUCCUUCCUCUUCCUCUUCAUCUUCAUCUUCCUCUUCAUCUUUCUCGCUGCUCUCCAUCGUUUCAUCCACCGCUGCCCCUCCUUCAUCAUCGUCACCUGGAUCGUCUCCAUCAUCUCCAUCGUCUCCAUCAUCUCCAUCGUCUCCAUCAUCUUCAUCGUCUCCAUCGUCUCCAUCGUCUUCAUCGUCUCCAUCAUCUUCAUCGUCUCCAUCGUCUUCAUCGUCUUCAUCGUCUUCAUCGUCUCCAUCAUCUUCGUCUUUCUCCUCCUCUGCCUCCACUAACGCAGGAAGUGAGACGUUUUCUGCAUCCAGAGAUCAGAAGAGCUGCAGCUGAUGGGAAAAAACAGAAAAUAUAUUUCAUUUAUUUUUCUGUGUACAACUAAAAACUAAAGAUAAGAAGAAUGAAAGAGUAGAAUUAAGCUAAAUUACGAUUCAGAUUAAAUAUUCCGUUUUUCAGUGUUAAUUUGGUAAAAGUUAUUUAUUAAAGUAUUUCACUGUGCAGGUUGAGGACAAAAUAUAUUUAUAUUUAUUUACAAAGUUCCAAACAGUUUAAUAAAUGAUAAAAGUGUCUGUAAAAUAUCGUAAGCUAUCUGUCUACUUUAAGGCAUAAAUGUUUCACUCUGAAGUAAAACUGUAAAGGUAUAAAGAUUGUUGUUAGAAAUAAAAAUCUCUAAUCUAAACCUCAA